UGUGAGUGUCACUUCGCUGCGGAGCCGAGAGAGCGCGCGCCAUCUUUACCGACUCCCCCCCGCCUUCCUUCCUCUCUCCUCACAGCCAUGCCGCGCAUCUACAUCGGGAGGCUGAGCUACCACGUCCGGGAGAAGGACAUCCAGAGGUUUUUCGGCGGUUACGGCAAGCUGCUAGAAGUCGACCUAAAGAAUGGGUGAGGGGAAUUAAAAAAAAAAAAAACCCAGCGAGAGAGAGGGACCAUCUGGCAGCACGAGCGCCAUCACUGGGGGGGGGAGGGGGGCAGGCUCUCCGCUCUCUAUUGAUUUGAGGCACGCGGGGAGGUGUGUGCGCGCGCGCGUCGGCCGCCAUUUUCUCUGAGGGGGCCCUAGUUAUUAAUCUGUGGGGGGAGGGGGGUGUGAGCGGCGUUGGGGGUAAGGGGGUGUUAUUGAUGAGUAGAGAAGUUUCCAGCUCAAAAUGGCGGCGGUGGUUUGUGGAGGGGGGGUGGGUGUUAGGAUGACGUCGCUGGUGCGCGCGUGCCGGCCGCGUGGCGGUUAGCGCGAGCCCCGGGGUAUUGUUUACACACUGUGGGGGGAGGGGGGGUGUAUGCUCCAGAAUGUGUGGCAAGACGAACCAUCAGCACUCCUGAUACUAUGGACUAUGUGUCGGUUCUGUGGCAUCAUGGGUGAUGUAGUCCAUGGGAGUGCUGAAAGUUGCCAUCCCCUCUGGCUUAGGGGCUCAGGUGCUGUAUUGUAAAACGAAGUUACAAAUAGCUGCUCUGGAAACAACCCCCAUCAGUUUUGUAAUCCUGGCCUGGUCUAAAACCUGACACUCAGAUUUCAGGGAAUUUAGAUUUGGAGUUCAGUGAAUUGACACUGCAAAGAGAAAGUGGACCUAAAUCCCUCUGUAAUGUUGGAGUAUCUUGGUGUAGAACAAAGCUCCACAGCAACUCCCCCACCCCCCAAUUGUGUAUUCAAACUGCAGUAAAUGUGUUUAGAAGUCAGUAUGUGGAAAUAUGAUACUUUUGUUCUAAAUUACAUUUUAGUUACUUAAAUUAAGUUCCCUAUAACUUCACAGCGAAGCCCUGUCCACACACAGCCAACUACUAGUGUCGCUCUGUCUAUAUUUAAAUUGUUGGCACGGUCUGUAUAAUGUGUGGGCACAGGUAUUGAUGGGCUAUGUGCACAUGGUAUGGCCACUGGGAACUAUACACAUGCAAGGUUAUUCAAGAUAAUGAAAACCAAUAUCUGUACUAGAAUAACUGAUUUUGAAAAUGUCUUGGCUAUGGUCACUGCUUCCAUUUUGUUACUGGGAUUUCAAAUAACUACAAUUCUUAAUCUGGUAAUUCCUGAUAGUGUGAGCAGAGGCCUAAACCAUGUGGGUGCCUGAGUGCUUUGCAUGUGGUGUUGGUCCUGAGGUAUAAGCCCUGUAAACGCUGUUGCAUGGUUGUUAGUGACUUGAGGCUCAGCAUAGAUUGCAGCAUGGUUAUCUUAUUGAGACACGUUCACUCCUUUUCAUGCUCCUAGUGAGUGGUAGCUUGGCCUACCAAUGGUCUACUUGGUUAAAUUUACUCUUAAAAAAAAAAAAAAAUAAUAAAAAUAAUCAGGACUGAAGCCUGGAAACCUGGCAUAAUUUUAUAUUUAUAAAAGCUUGCAUUAUAUAGUCAGUGAAUUUUGUGUACUUGUAGGUACAAACAUCUGGGCUACCUAUUGGCAGCCUUGAAAUCCUUUAUUCAUAAGCACCCAUUAUAAAAUCUAGACACCGUGAUGGAGUUGAAGCAUCUGUCCAUCGUGCUGAUUGGUAAACAGUCUAUAUGCAAGGAACUGGCUUAUUCUAAUCUUAUGCCAAAUGGUCUGAAUAUGUGAUGUUUUCUACACAUUGAAUGCAACUGUAGCCUUGCAUCCUAAUAAAACUAUACUUCAUUCUGUCAUUACAUAGUCUUUCCCCUUAAGACCUUCUUCGGUUGCAUGUCAGCCACCUGAUCCAAGGAACUAGCAAUACAAAUGUGUAUUCCUGAUGCUAUAGUGUCCUGGUGACUGUUAAGCUUACCAGCCCCCAUCUGAAGGGAGAAACUAGUAUUUUACAUACCUUUUUCUCUCCCGCAUGGACAUGACAACCAGACCAACUUAUUGAGAUAAAGUUGUCUGGGUGCUUAGUGUCUCUUUAGUGAGGUCAAAUAAUUUCUCACAUCCUGGUUGUUCUUUUCUUGGCACUGCAGUCAAGUGACAUUGGAAUCUCGCUUGUCUCAGAAUAUAACACUGAACUUGUGCAACAUGUUGCUGGGAUUUAUGGGUCAGAUACAAAACACUUCAAAUACGGAAUUGCUUAAACCAUCUGUCAGUUUGGAGGUCUUCCCAAGGUGACAUGUCCCAUUGAUGUCUGGUGGCUUGGGGAAGAAGCUUAUGGGAGAUAUACUUUAUACUUGAAGCUUUCCCUUGUGGCUGCUGCCAUUUUCCUUCCAGGGUCCAUUUCUCCUCGUGGCCUAUCUGACAGGAGCCCUCAUCAAUGUUGUCCUCUUGUGUGAGAUAGGUCUAUGAAAGUUUCAACAAGACUGCACAAUAAUUUAUUGCGCAACGGUCUUGGGCUACAUCGGUAUUAAUACAUAAUGUAAGCUACUAAAACUUGGGGUUUAAAGGGGCACUAUAGGCACCCAGACCACUUCAGGUCAGAAGUUGUCUGGGGGCAGUGCCCCUGUCUCCUUUACCCUACAAUUGUAAAUAUUGCAGUUAAGAAACUGCAAUAAUUACAUUGCAGGGUUAGCGUCUCUAAUGGCUGUCUACCAGACAGCCACUAGAGGCUCUUCCAUGUUGUUAGCCUAACUGAUGCUAGACGUCCUCACUCUUUGCAUGAGGACAUCCGGUGUUGGCUAAAAUCCCAUAGAAAACCAUCGAUUCAAUGCUUUAUGUGGUAGUCCUAAUACUGAAGGCAGCACCGAUGUCCCUGGGUGCUGGGUCAUGCUCUUUAUAGCUUUCCCUUUAAAGAAACCAUCCAGGCACACAAACUACUACAAUGCUCUCCCAUAUGUAGAACAGCUUGACUUUAACUACAGCUUUUCUCCAGCUGGAAGCUCCUAAUCAUGUCAAGUUUGUUUCACUUUAUCUUCCAUAUCGGGGUUGAGAAUUUUCGCUGACCAUUAGCGACUGAAACUAGCCCUGGUAAGUGUACCAUGGACUCUUCAGACUUUUAGUAAAGUUUAAGGCCUGGCUAGUAGUGUAGGACUUGAAAUUGUAAGCACUGUUCUAUAUAGGUAAUCAUUGCUUCCAUCCUGGCUGUAUGACACUUGUGGUUCAAAGUGUUAUGGCUACGAAUGUUUUAAGUUUUAAUUGCUACAUUAAAUACUAACCUGACUGAAUUUUCUCUUUCUAGAUAUGGUUUUGUAGAGUUUGAGGACUCGCGAGAUGCAGACGAUGCUGUGUAUGAGCUGAAUGGCAAAGACCUGUGCGGGGAGCGUGUCAUUGUGGAGCACGCUAAAGGACCUCGUAGAGACAGAGAGGGAUACAGCAGCUAUGGAAGUCGCAGUAAGCAUUGCCAUGACUCACUAGUCGUUUGUUCGUCUGGGUUCUAGUUUGUGGUCAGCAUAGUAUUAACACCAGUGGAACAGGAUAAAUAGAGUUUAAAGGGUAUAAACCGCUGCUUUCUGCCCUGCUCCUCUAAAGCUUCAGACUGGUGAACAAACAUUGUUUACAAACGUAUAUUUUUAAUGUGCAAGGUUCUUCAGAAGGGAACCUUGCAAAGAAUAGUGGCAUAUUUCACCAGUGAGGCCUACAUAUUUUUCUUUCCUGAUAAGAUGACAUACUGAGCUGUAAGACUUGAUUAUGUCGUUAAGGACUGCUUUGGUUAAGUCAUAUUCUGCAGCCUGGGUGUCAAGUUGACGCAGUUUUCUAACUCGCAAUCAAUGCAUGAAUCAGGCUGCCAUAACUUUAACAUCUAGUCUUAUUUUAAAAGACUCAGUUGAGCCUCCAAGAGCUGUAAGUAGUUAUUUGUGUAAGGUGCAAACAGCACUAGAUCACAUGUGCCAUAAAUAUCCGAACAGGCAUGGUUUUCUCUAUUGUUCCUUUGGGCCUCAAAAUUUUUUCAUGUAAAUUCUGAAAAUGGGGUUUUAAUUAAUCCAGUGUUUUAUAUUUGGAAAGUCAACACUUAAACAGGUACUGGCAAACUCCUUUCUGUUCAAGCAGCCUUAGUAAAGUUUCUUGUUCUCCAUUUAAAGUCUUCCACACUUGAAGCACUAACAAACCUUUUACAAGCUACAUCGUUGCCAUGCUCUGAUUUAAAGGGACAUUUAAGCCUCAUGGUAACUAAGCCCUACAGUAUAGGUAGUGUUGUAGCCUGUGUGCUGGAACACACUUUGGAAGACUAGCCCUGUAUGUAAUCUCUUUACACCUGGCCGGACUACUACUUUCAAUCUGUAUUUGGAGGGGAGAAAAUCUGAUACCAAUGUGGUAUCGCCUUCGAUUUCAAAGGCUCAAAAUCUGCUUCAUUUUAAAGGGACUCUAUAGUCACCAGAACUACAGCUUAAUGUAGUUCUGGUGAGUAUAAUCAUUGCCCCUAGGGACACCUCAAAGUGGCUACUGGAGGUGCUUCCUGGCUCAGUGCUGCAUAGUAGGCAGCAGUGCCGUUCAGCGUCUCCAUGCUCUGCAUGGGGAAGCUGAAUUUUCCUCAGAUGCAUUGAUUCAAUGCAUCUCUAUGAGGAGGUGUUGAUAUGCAAAAACAGCGUUUGGCUCUGCACCUUGCCAAUUUCAGCCAAUCCAAUGCUUUCUCAAAGGGAAAGCAUUUUAAUUGGCUGAAAAUUAGCAGUUCUGAUGUCAUCAAGGGGGCGGAGCUAGCGCCAGCAGACCCAAACGGCACUGGAAAUAAGGUGAGUUUUAAUUGCUUUGGUUUUAACAGUAUAAGGUCAGAAUACAUUUUUGUGUUCCUGGCCCUAUAGUGUUCCUGUAAGUGUUUUUUAAUUUUUUCAUAACUGCCUCAAAAUUAACAAUUUGAGCACAUAGUGAUCCGGAAGAGAACUUACUAACCGUAAUGAAAUUGGUUUAUAAAAAAAGUGGGUAUGUUUGUCUAAAAUUAGUAUUUGGUGAGUGGCUACAUGCUUUACAUUCAAUUCAAAUACACCUAUUUGUUUCUGCUAACCCUUUCUAGUGUUCAGCAGAUCUGCUGUUGAAAGGGUUAGUAUCUAACAAUGUUGCUGUAAAUUAACUUAAGGCUGGCUCCCUUGGUCAGUAACCAUUAUAUUCAGGUAUCUUGGAUGUUGAAGUAGCUAGAAAAGUUAUGGUUGGGUGGGGGUGAAUUCACAAUUGGGGAUGCGGGGUGGUAAUUGUUAUGUUUAACUUGUAUAUUCUUAACCUUUUUGCAUGUUGAAUUCCAAAAUCCUUUGUUAACCGUCCUUGAUGUUUCAAUUUGAAAGAGACCAGUGGGGGCUGAGACCAUUGAGGCUUAAGAUGACUGCCUUUCCUGGUUGGCCUUUCCAAACAUUGUGUGACCCUUGCCCUAUGACCCUUUGGCUGACCUUACCGGAAGCCAUGACGACAGCAGCCUUUUGCCAUUAGACGCAGGGUGAUGGUGAGGAUUCCAAGGGUUAGAACAAACUGGUUUUAAUUUGAAUUAGGUGACUUCCCUUGCGUGUGCUUCCAUAAGCCACUUCUGUUAUACCUCCUGCCUUAAUGUAAAUAUAGUGACUGGCAUCUCAUGUUUAAAAAAAUAAAUAAAAAAAUGCUUUGUAGCAGUGCAUGUAAUUAUGAUAACUAUUGUAAUGUCAUAGUCAUUUAAAAUUCUUUGGUAAACCUAAAAACAAAGGUUGGCAGAAUUCAUUCCUUAAACAGGCCCCUCAAUAUAGCAGAUUGGAGUGUGUAACACAUCCCUGCUGAUCUUCUCUCGCCAGAAUCACAUAUUGAAAGGAGGUUUUAUUUAAUAUUCACAUUUUUUUCCAAGCUUUAUUUAAAUCCCUACAAGAAAUAGAUUUGGCCCAUGCAUAAAUUGUGAGGAACUAAUCUAUCUUUCUGUGUGCAAUGAAGGUGGUGGUGGUGGAGGUGGUGGUGGAGGAGGAGGAUACAGGAGCCAGCGGUCAGGCAGAGAUAAGUAUGGCCCUCCUGUCCGUACGGAGUUCCGACUUAUUGUGGAGAAUCUCUCCAGCCGAUGUAGUUGGCAGGACCUUAAGGUGAGUGAUAUGUCAGACUAAAUACUUCACUGGUUUUAAUAUCUAUUAGAAAGUUUUAGAUUUUAUUUUUUUAAAUUCUGAAUACAGUUCUGGGUAUGAUUGGAUAUCUGUCAGCUGGUGAAACACUGGCCGUUUAAAAGUUCCUUCCUCUAACUUCAAUUUCCAGGAUUUCAUGAGGCAGGCUGGUGAAGUCACCUAUGCAGAUGCCCACAAAGAGCGUACCAAUGAGGGUGUAAUAGAAUUCAGAUCUCACUCUGACAUGAAAAGAGCUCUGGAGAAGCUGGAUGGAACUGAGAUCAAUGGAAGAAAGAUUAGGCUUGUGGAGAGCAGGACUCGUCACAGAAGGUCAUACUCUGGAAGUAGAUCAAGGUAACUGGGCAUAUCUAUCACUUAAUCAAAUUUUGUUGUUUUUUUUUUAUGCUCCACUUGUAAAAUUAUUGUAUUUAAAGAAAACCCUCUACACCUAUGUGAGUAAUCUAUUUUUAUUAACAAUGGGGUGUAUGUUGGUGUUUUAGUCCUUGAUGUUGCCUGUUCUGCCUGAAAACACCCCUUUCUAACUUUAAAGGACCACUAUAGUGCCAGGAAAACACUCGUUUUCCUGGCACAAUAGUGCCCUGAGGGUGCCCUCACCCUCAGGGACCCCCUCCUGCCUGGCUCUGGGGAAAGGAAAGGGUUUAAACUUUUUUUUCCAGCGCCGGGCAGGGAGCUCUCCGCCUCCUCUCCUCCCCUUCGGCUGAAUGCGCAUGCGCGGCAGGAGCUGCGCACGCAUUCAGCCGGUCUCGUAGGGAAGCAUUUACAAUGCUUUCCUAUGGACGCUGGCGUCUUCUCACUGGUUUUUUUUCAGGGAGAAGCACGCCAACACCUCUAGCGGCUGUCAUUGAGACAGCCACUAGAGGAUUUGGAGGCUGGAUUAACCUAUUAUAAACAUAGCAGUUUCACUGAAACUGCUAUGUUUGUAAGAAAAAAUGGGUUAACCCUAACUGGACAUGGCACCCAGACCACUUCAUUAAGCUGAAGUGGUCUGGGUGCCUAGAGUGGUCCUUUAAUCUCCAUAACCCAUGACAUGUAUUGUGUAAAUAAAAAUCGUUACAAAUUUUUUUUUUUUUUUUUUUAAAGGUCACGAUCCAGGAGCAGGAGAAGAUCACACAGCAGGAGUAGACACAGCAGCCACAGUAGAUCUAGAAGUAGGUCUCGCUCCCCUGCCAAAAAGAGCAGAUCCCAUUCACCUGCUAAACGAAGCCAAUCACACUCUCCUGCUAAGAGCCAGUCCAGGUGAAUAUUUCUGUUCACAGAACUUGGACUAAUAUUUAAUGCUUUGAUUGUGUGUUCUAAAGACUUUUGCCACAAUGUUAAUCAUGCGUCUCUACACAUUAUAUUUGCAUUUGAGCUGUUAAUUAAUUUUAAUGUUUUGACAGGUCUAAAUCAAGAUCUAGAAGUAAGGAGCGUUCUCUGUCAAAACAGAGGAAGUCUAGAUCAAAGAGCAAGCCAAAAUCUGAACAUGGAUCCAGAUCUCGCAGCUUGUCCAAAGGGAAGCAAGAGAGGUCGCCUAGUGUGUCCAAGGGAAAGCGAGGCAGAUCACGUAGUCGGUCCAAAGGCAGAUCUGAGGGCUCUCGUAGCAGAUCAAAAAGGGAAAGAUCUCGCAGCAGAUCCAGGGGAAAGAGGGAGAGGUCUGGUAGCCGUUCUAAGAGCAAGAAGGAGCGAUCUCGUAGCCGUUCCAAGGGUAGAAGGGAGAGAUCCCGCAGCCGCUCAAAGGGCAAGAGUGAGCGAUCCCGCAGCCGCUCCAAGACCAAGCGGGAUCGUUCUCGUAGUCGCUCUAAAGGCCAGAGAGAACGGUCCCGCAGCGGCUCCAUUGAUAACCAUGAAGUCUCUGAAAGUCAUUCAAAGAGUAAACAGGAAAGGUCCUCACACAGCCGAUCAAGGUCCAACUCCCCAGUCAACUCGCCAAAGGAAAAUGGAAAUGGAGGUACCCGAUCACGUUCCAGAUCCCCAUCUGCACCUUUUGUCACCAAUGAGGACUCUGUCUCUCCUCCCCCUCGAGCUGCUUCUGCUGCCAGUUCUCGGUCUCGCUCAAGCUCUCGCGAGUAAAGGCAUUUCUUUAAAGGUGACCAGUGUUAGAAAUCUGCCCUCACUACACUACCCCUUGUCAAAUACAGUGCGUAAUGUUCUGGUGCUGACACAUCUAUGUGAAACCUUAUUCUUUAUCUGGUAGAGUGGAUAACACUUUAUUUUUUAUUUUUUUGACAGUUGAAAGUGUUAAACCACAGCUGUAUAAAUUCUAAUAGGUUUUAGACUAAUUUCUUAUGUACAUUCUGGCACAGAGCAGUAAAAGCAAUUGGUGCAGGGGCUUGCAUGUAUUCCUACCCCAUUUUCCUUUUUGAGAAAAAGUGGUCUAUAUGAAAAGCCUCAGUAGAAAGCUAAUUAUGUUAUUGAUUGUAUGAAGAAUAUGUAAUGCUGGAAGGGUGUGAUGAGCAAUACCCAGUUAACACUCUGGCUGCUGAUGUUGUAAAUAAAACGAAGGUUUGUAUUGUCCUGGGAGGGGGCUAUUUUUUUUUUUUAUUUGAAAACUGUUGUACGUACACUUUUCAGAGCAAAUAAAGUGAGUUCCUGCAGUGCAGACUUUGUUCUUUCUUGUAUAUUGCAUGAUGGUAGACCUGUCUCUUACAGAAUAAAAAUGUAUCAAAUUCACUUUCUCCAGGUUUGAAGAUGUAAUUUCCUGGAAAUAACUGCUUCUCAACUAUUUUUGUUCCUGUUCUUUGGUUUCCUCCUGAAGAUUUUGGAAACCAUUUAGACGAUUGAAUACUUUUUGGUUCCUGCUGACUUGGUAGCAAAAUGUAGUUAAUCACUCAAUCUGUCGCAUACAAACAUUAGAGUAGCCCUAAACAUGCAUUAUUUACUGUAGGUUUCCGUGCCCUCUCAGGAAGAACACUUCUGCAUACAGAUGUGCUUUUGAGUGUCUGCAUGUGCUGCUUGUUAUGGAAUUUUUUUUUUUUUGCUUCUUUCAACCAUUUCUUUUUGUAACCGAAGGUGGAUCUGAAUUCAGCAAGGCUUUUUUUUUUCCUUUUCUCUGAGAAAGAAAGGGAAAAACGUAUGCAAGGUAACACUUCUGAUUUUUUAAUAAACUCAUGUCAAGACCUAAGUGAAUUGCAAACAGCACAUAUUGUGGCUUAAUAUAAUAUACACAGGUUAUUUAAAUGGUUACUCUACGCUUCAUAACUGCAGCUCAGGGUCUUUACUGUUGCCUGAGCUUUGCAUGCAUUGUCUGUUUUCUCUGUCCUGGCAGACAGUGCGUUUUUUUUUUUUAAAUCUGUCAAACACCUUUUCUCAAAAAAUAAGUUCUGUUCGAUCAGCAUUUUUCCAUUUGUUGAGCUUUGUUAUUAGCCUUGUCUUAUAACUUAGCUAAUUCAGCUAUUCACAAACUACUAAAUUGCAACUGGAUAUUGUUGGGUUCAAUAAAGUCCCUUGAUAGUCUUGCAGACUGCCGUUUAACCACUGAGGAGAUAACUGGUUAUUGUUGGAGAUGGUCCCUAGCCCUGCAAUUUCAGGACAGCGAGGUUAUCCUGACCUCUAGCAAUGUUCCCUGUCUUGCUAGCUGUUCUCGUCUCUACAGUGUGCAACAAUCCCAUCUGUGGUUAGUCUUGGGUCACGGUGAAAGGAUUCUCCUUUGGCUUUAAGAGUCAGGCUUGUAAUCUUACUGACAUGUUGUAGACUGAAUAAAGC